AUGGUUCAGAUACCAUCUAAAACAAAUCGAAUUUGGAAAAAAAUUCAAGAAUGGCUUUUUCAACAAAGAUUUCAAGAUUGGAUUAAAUGGGUAGUCGUUGGAAUAUGUUUGUUAAUUGUAUACAUUCAGUUAGUAGAAUGUUGUUAUAAAUUAAAAAAUCCACCGAUAACAAGUCAUUCGAUUUUAUCAUUAAACGAUUCAUUAUUUUAUCCGGCAGUUACUAUAUGUAGAGAACCUCCUUACAAUAAAGAAGUAUUUCCGAAAUUUAAUUUUCCUGUUGAUCACAUUGGAUCGUUUCCAUAUUCAUCUUUUUGGAAAAAUUAUCCCUACGAUAUAUACAACAUCAGUGAUUUUUGGAAUGAAGCCGUUUAUGAUCAAAGCGUUUUGUCCAGCUGUGGAUUGGAUAGAAAAAAUGUUAACAUUACCAGUUCUUUACAUUUGAAAAAUGGAAUGUGUCACACCAUAAAACCAAUUUUUCCAGUACAAUCAGUUGGUAGAAGAUCUGGAUAUAGUUUAUUCUUAACACACGAUUUGCAAGAUUAUAAACCACUGGUCGACGAAGAGCCUGGUUGGAAAAUUUACAUACACGAACCUAGAGAAAAAUUUUCAGAAAAUAUAAAUUUAAUGUCAAGCAGACAGGAUCAUGUUUUUGUCCCAGUUGGUGAAAUCACUGAAGUUAGCAUUGAUGCCUAUCAAUUUAAUGUUUUAAGAAAUUGUUCAGAUGAAGAAAAUUAUAGUGUAACUGAGUGUGAAGAAAAUUGUACUAUUAAUGAAGAUAUAAAGCCAAAUGUGCCUUGUACAGGACCAUGGUUUCCUAAUUUAGAUAAAAGACUUUGCAAUAAUUAUGAAGAAAUGAGAACUUUGUUAAAAGCAGCUUUUGGAAUCAAAUAUAAAAAUUGUUGCAAAAAAAAUUGUAAAACUACUCAUUAUAAAUUAUUUGUUGUUAAGAGAACACCUUGUCCUGAAGAAAGAAAACUAAGUAGCACAGCCAUCAUUUAUUUCUCAUCAAAAACAGUCAUUACAUUAGAAGAAAGAUAUUCUUAUAACUGGAGCGACUUUUUAGGAGAAAUAGGUGGAACGGUUGGUUUUCUUUUAGGUUUGUCAAUUAUUGGCGCCAUUGAUAUAAUAAGCGACGCAUUUAAAAAUUAUCACCAUAAUAAAAAUCAAUAA